AUGGUCUUGGGUCCCGGCUGCACCACAGACCAGAGCGGGGGCACGGCUGGCCGGUGGAGGCAGCAGCUGCAACGGGAAGUAAAAACUCGCGGACCCGAAUCACAGAACGCGGUGCCUCUCGGCAGCCAACUUUAUAGUCGCGCACCGCCUUUCCCAUUGGUGAGUUCCGGGGGCGGGGGCGGAGGGCGGGCUCAGGGGUGUGGCUCGGAGCUCAGCUCCUGGCUGCGAUUGACCGGCGGUGCUGUCGAUCCUGGAAAGCAGGCGGAGGCGCGGCGUGGGCUGGGGCCCCCGAGCAGCCUGAGGGGGCCCGGCGACAGCCGGGCUGGGGGCGGGGAGCGGGGGCGGGGUGGCGCAGGAAGAAGGAGCAGGAGGUGGGGGGAGGCUCGCGGGUGGCGCCGGCGCGAGCAUGAGUGGAGGGUGCCCUCCGCGGGGCGGCAGCCAGACGACCGGGCCGCUGGGGUCGCUGCCUGGCGCUGCGGAGGGUCCGGGUGGCCGGCUGGGAAGGCAGACGGGCAAGUAGUCCGCAGAACAGGUUUCCAGAGGACACAGAUCCACAGGGCGGCUGUCAGAUCCGCAGACAAACAGCAGGAAACUCAGGGUGACAGGUCCCGAGAAGGAGGUGCCCGCGGAUGAAAAGAAAAGUAAGAGAAGCAAGAAAAACAAGAGAGACAAAGUUCUGGGAUCAGGGGGCGUACAGCCUCUCAGACUGCAGCCCCAGUUACCAAUCUCAGUCACCUCUUAUUGAUCGAGAACCAAGGGCAUAGCUAGUACAAAU